AUGACAGCGUUUUCUAGUAUUCUGUUAUCGCAGAGUAUUCUAUUCCAACCGUUUCCAACCGGCUGUGUCUGGCCCGGACGGCCUGGUGGUGAAAAUGACCAGAUCACAUCAGUGCCUAACAGUCAGCCCAACCCUGCCACUAUUCCCAACCCUGCCCCCAUUACCAACCCUGCCACCAUUCCCAACCUUGCCACCAUUCACAACCCUGCCACCAUUCCCAACCCUGCCACCAUUCCCAACCCUGCCACCAUUCCCAACCCUGUCACCAUUCACAACCCCGCCACCAUUCACAACCCUGCCACCAUUCCUAACCCUGCCACCAUUCCUAACCCUGCCACCAUUCCUAACCCUGCCUCCAUUCCUAACCCAGCCACCAUUCCCAACCCUGCCACCAUUCCUAACCCUGCCACCAUUCCCAACCCUGCCACCAUUCCCAACCCUGCCACCAUUCCCAACCCUGCCACCAUUCCUAACCCUGCCACCAUUCCUAACCCUGCCUCCAUUCCCAACCCUGCCUCCAUUCCCAACCCUGCCACCAUUCCCAACCCUGCCACCAUUCCCAACCCUGCCACCAUUCCUAACCCUGCCACCAUUCCCAACCUUGCCACCAUUCCUAACCCUGCCUCCAUUCCUAACCCUGCCUCCAUUCCUAACCCUGCCACCAUUCCUAACCCUGCCACCAUUCCUAACCCUGCCACCAUUCCUAACCCUGCCACCAUUCCUAACCCUGCCACCAUUCCUAACCCUGCCACCAUUCCUAACCCUGCCACCAUUCCUAACCCUGCCACCAUUCCUAACCCUGCCACCAUUCCUAACCCUGCCACCAUUCCUAACCCUCCCUCCAUUCCCAACCCUGCCUCCAUUCCUAACCCUGCCUCCAUUCCCAAGCUGCACACCCAUAGCACAAUGCAAUGCAAAGGCAAUUGCUUCCCGCGUAAAUGUAUGUAA